AUAUAAUAAGGCAAGAGAUUUUUUGAAAAUGUAUAGAAAUGUCUCACAGAUACAUUUAAUUUAGAUGGUUGAGAUCAAUCUUCAGUGUAUAUCAACGGCUCUGAAUUAUUUAUUUCCCGCCCAAGCACUUCUCUUCCUUAACCUUCUCACCUACCCACGUCUCUCUCUUCCUCUCUGCUCUCACCCACAUCUCUUCCUUCCUUCUUCGUCUCUCUCCCCCUCUCUGUUUAUUCUUCGACAGAACCCUCUCGACCACCGCCAUCGCGACCACCUCUCUUCUCCCUCGCAGGACCCUGUCUGUUUCCCCUUCUUCAACAGAUCCCUCGACCACCGCCAUCACGACAGCCUCUUCCUCAUCCCCCUUUAUCACUUCAGUCCUCUCCUCCUCGCAACAGAUCUCGCCGAAACCCUCUUUGCCUCUUUGCUACCGAUGCUUGGCAAGACACCGUUAAUGCGAGGCGUUUAAUGGAAUUACAGCUGUAAAAACCCUAGGUCAGCUUUCAGUUUGUU